AUGCCUAUGCUACAACCUCACAUAUCGCUUCCUUUGAAUGAUCCAGUCGGACAAAAUGCGGGCGAUUCUGAUUACAUGUUCAGCCCUGAUCUUCUCACUCCAGAAGUUGUCGGUGAGGUACAGAACGGGUUUCAUGUAAGACCUUUGAAAUUGAGCGAUUACGAUAAUGGCUUUUUGGAUGUACUGGCUCAGUUAACAACCGUUGGAGAGGUAUCCCGAGGGGCAUUUGAGGAACGUUUCAGAAGCAUGAGCUCAACUCGACCGCUUGCGUACUACGUAGUGGUUGUGGAGAAUUUGAGGUAAGC